UGAAAUAAGAGUGUGUGUGUUAUCAGUUGUGAUGACUGUGGCUGAACCACAUAUGGAGCUCAAUCAAGAAACUAAACAAUUAGAUGCAGAUAAGUUAUCGCCAAAGAAAGAACAAAGUCCUAGAGGAGAAGAUGAAGAAUGUGGUCUUCCCAGUGCUAAUACAAGUGAGGAAACUGUGACUUCAGUUUCUGGUGGUGAGGAGUUGGAUGUUGAUAUAGUUGAAUCUGAUGAAAACAAGACAUCCACUACUGAUGAGGACCCAAACGCUACUGAAUACUCAAGCUCAUUUUCCGACACUGAAUAUGAGAAUGCUGACAUGUUGCUUAUGAGUGUUAUGACUGACGAGCUAAGAAGUUUCCUGGAGUUGAAUCAACGUACAGACCUUUGCUCAGAGAGUUAUGGAUCUUGCUGACUACAGGAAGAAGCUAUAUGAUUAUCUCGUUACUCAGAUGAGCGACAUUGCCCCUAAUUGGGCAGCUUUGAUUGGAGAAAUGGUUGGUGCUCGUUUGAUUUCACAUGCUGGAAGUCUGACUAACCUUGCUAAGUGCCCAUCAUCCACCCUCCAGAUUCUUGGAGCUGAGAAGGCGCUUUUCAGGGCACUUAAAACACGUGGAAACACUCCCAAGUAUGGGUUGAUUUUCCAUUCUUCCUUCAUUGGCCGAGCCUCUGCUAAGAACAAGGGUCGUAUCGCUCGUUAUCUUUCUAACAAGUGCUCCCUAGCAUCUCGGAUUGAUUUUUUCGCUGAUGGUGCAACUACUACCUUUGGUGAGAAGCUUCGUGAACAAGUUGAGGAAAGGCUGAGAUAUCGUUUAUGACGGCUGAGUUAUUGUUUAGGUCUUCUCAAACGUAUUCUUCUUUUUUUCCUGGGUCUUUCGUUCUGUCAUAUUCCUAAUAAAUUAUCUAAUUAAAACAUCUCUCGAUA